AUGGAGGAAGAGAGGCGAGCACUUCUCAGCUUUAAACAAGAUCUCAGUGAUCCUUCUGGUAAGCUUUCUUCUUGGGCUGGUCACGAAUGCUGCCAAUGGACAGGGAUUUCAUGCAACAACCGCACUGGUCAUGUUGCAACGGUUGACCUCCGUAAUACAUAUCCAUACACCACAAAUGAUGAACAGUGGAACACCACGGAGUAUCUUCAAUCUUGUUUGGGGGGUAAGUUAAUUAAUCCUUCUUUGCUUGGCUUGAUACAUUUGAGUUACUUAGACUUAAGCUCGAAUGAUUUUCAAAGGACUCACAUUCCCAAGUUUAUUGGGGAGCUUACAAGUCUGAGAUAUCUCAAUUUUUCAAGUAUCUGGUAUUUGAGUUCAGUUGCGGGAGAGAUUCCUUCUUCUCUUGGUAACCUCUCAAACUUGAACUAUCUUGACCUCAGAUCUAGUUAUUAUUCUCUUUCUUCCAAAAACUUGAAUUGGCUUUCUCAUCUCUCUUCCCUAAAAUACCUCAAUCUUGGAGGUGUGAACCUUAGCAGCACAGGAGUUAGUUGGCUACAUGAGGUUAACAUGCUUCCUUCACUCUUAGAGUUGCAUUUCUCUAGUUGCGAAAUUGGUGGAAACCAGCUUCCACUCUCCAUGCCUACAAUUAACUUCACAUCACUUUUGGUCCUUGACAUGUCAUUGAAUAGUAUUAAUUUUUCAUAUCCUAAAUGGAUGUUUAAUCUUACUAGCCUUACAAAAGUUGAUCUGAGUGAGAAUUCUUUCAGUGGCCCCUUUCUUGAUGAAUUUGUAAGACUCAAAUCUCUAGAACACCUUGACUUACGGAGUGUAGGACUCAAAGGUCAAUUUCCCAAAUUUAGUGGAAAUUUGUGCAGGCUCAAGUCAUUAAGUCUUGCAGGGAAUCAAAUUGAUGGGGGGAUUGAAGAGUUUUUGAGUGGUUUCUCAAAUUGUUCAUUUAAUAGAAUGGAGUCACUAGAUUUGUAUGGCUGUGGGCUGGUAGGCAAAUUGCCUAGUUCGUUGGGAAUGCUGAGAAGCCUACAGCAUCUCUAUCUCAGCUCCAACUCUUUUUGGGGAUCCGUUCCAGAAUUUAUUAUCAGAAAUUUAUCAUCACCCCUGAAGACACUUGAUCUCAGGGAUAAUAUUUUCAACGGUUCCAUUCCUCAAAAUUUGGGAAAACUUUCUGAGCUAGUUACCCUUGAUCUAUCUUAUAAUUCGUGGGAAGGCCCCGGCUUCCCUGUAUGGCUUCAAUCUCAAACUGAGCUCUUGUCGGUCUCACUUAAGAAUACUGGACUCUCGGGUGCAAUACCAGAGGAAUGGGUCUUUAAGAUAUCUUCCCAGAUCCGAUGGUUGGAUUUAUCUUCCAAUCAAAUAAGCGGAAAGCUUCCGUUCCGAUUCAACUCUUUUCCGAAUCUGGAGUCCAUAGUUCUGAGCCAUAAUCAAUUUGAUGGCACUAUUCCAUCAUCUAUUUGUAGCAUUCAAUCUCUAUAUGAACUUGCUCUGAAUAACAAUCAGUUAUCCGGAGAAUUCCCUAAAGAAUGGAGUUUGUGGAGCAGCAUACUCACUGUGGAUGUCUCAAACAACAAUAUGUCUGGUAAUAUUCCAAGCUCAAUGGGCAUUCCAAGUUCUCUUUAUAUGCUAAAGACAGACAACAAUCAUUUUAGCGGAGAAAUUCCUUCUGCCUUGCAAAAUUGCUCUGGUUUGCAGAGACUUUAUCUUGGAGGCAACAAAUUUACUGGAAGCAUACCUUCUUGGAUAGGAUCAAAAGUGGACACAUUCGCAGUGCUGCAAUUGCAAUCAAACUCUUUAAGUGGACAAAUUCCUCGUCAUUUGUGCACUCUUCCUUCCCUUCAGAUCCUAGACCUUAGUCACAAUAGAUUUUCAGGGACUAUUCCCAACUGUUUGAAUAAAUUGACUUCUUUAAUCUCUAGUAGUUAUGGGGGCUGGGACUACUCUGAUGAUUUUGAGGUAAUAACUGUGACCGUAAAAGGAAGAGCAAGUGAAUACUUAGAGAACAAUGCGAGGCUUCUAACCAUUAUUGAUUUUUCGCAUAAUGAUUUAGAAGGUGAAAUUCCUGAAGAAAUCAGCAGUCUCGUUCAAUUAGCUACAUUAAACUUGUCCAUUAAUCAAUUAAGUGGAAAUAUCCCCUCAAAAAUUGGAAACUUGCACUUGCUUGAAACACUUGACCUCUCCCAGAACCAGCUUUCAGGACAGAUUCCACAAAGUCUCGCUUCUCUGACCUUCUUAUCUCACUUGAACUUGUCUUGCAACAAGUUGACCGGAAGAAUUCCUUCGGGCAACCAACUUCAGACGCUCGAUGAUUCAUCUAUUUAUAAGGGCAAUCCUUCACUCUGUGGAUUUCCUCUUUCAAACUGCACAGAAGAUGGAGGCAACAUGCAUGAGACUCAUGAAGCUGAUGAUGAAAAGCUUGGUUUAUAUACCAGCGCGGUGCUUGGCUUUAUCAUAGGCUUUUGGAGUGUUUAUGGCACAUUGAUAUUGAAGAAGUCAUGGAGGUAUGCUUAUUUUCAAUUUUUUGACCACAUCAAAGAGAAAGUAGCACUAGCAAUUGCAUUGAAAGUAGCUCGUUUGAAAGCAAGGCAGUGA